AUGAAAAACUCGGGCACCGCGGCCGUGGCCCUAGAUUCGACGGCAGCCACGGUGUUUCUACGACGCGAUCCCCGCACCGAGGGCUGGGCCCUGGUCGGCAACAAGGAGUUCAUCAUCGGCCUGAUCUGCGCUUACGUCUACGCGGUCAAGGUGGCCGGACCCCGCUUCAUGCAGGGCCGCAAGCCGUACGAGAACCUCAAGCCCGUCAUCGUGCUCUACAACGGUGCCAUGGUGGUGCUCAGCCUUUACUUCACGGUGGCCUUCCUAUCCAAGACGUACCUUGGUGGCGGCUACAGCCUCUUGUGCCAGGGUAUCGACUUCGAGGCUCGAGACGAGAAGACCACGAGCAUGCUGUCUCACGUGUGGUGGUUCGUGGUGUUGAGGAUCGCCGACUUCCUGGACACCAUCUUCUUCGUGCUGCGUAAAAAGUAUUCGCACAUAUCCGUACUUCACGUGGUGCAUCACGCCCUUGUGGUCUUGAAUGGCUGGUUUGGUCUCGCGUACGGCGCAGACGGCCACAUAGCUUUCAGCCUGAUCCUCAACAGCUCCGUUCACGUGGUUAUGUACUCGUACUACUUCCUCUCCCUUCUGGGUCCCACAGUCCGUAAGCACCUCUGGUGGAAGCGGUACCUCACGCAGCUGCAGAUGAUGCAGUUUGUCAUACUCAUCGCGCACGGGCUGGUUCCCUUGUUCCUCGAGUGUGGAUACCCGAAGGUGCACGUGUACAUCGGUAUCCCGCAGGCACUGUUCAUUCUUUUCAUGUUUCUUAACUUUUACCUGAAGAACUACAACGACAGGAAAAAGAUGGCUGCACAGUAUGCCUACAAGAAUAAGCUACAGUGA